UCAGCAGCUAGGACAGUAGUCGCAGCCUCAUCUGAUCAUCAAUCCUUAUCGGAGAGUCGCGGGAUAAUGAGUGACUCUUUUCUUCUGAAUUGAGAACUUUGAAGAGACAAGAGUCAAUAAUAUAUUCAAGAUGGCUGCAGCAGAGAUUGUGAUGAAGAGAGAUGACCUCAACAUUGCGUGGGGCUUUAGGCUUACUGGUGGAGCCGACCUUGGCACUCCUUUCUAUGUUGUCAAGGUGUUGGGUAGAGGUCACGCUGAGAGAGCUGGACUGAGAGUGGGUGAUAUGGUUUACGCUAUCAACAACAAAUACAUCAACAACUUUACGCACAAAGAUGCACAAAAUGAGAUCCUCCACACUGGCGACACUUUGACUUUAAACAUCAAAAGAGGUCAUGAAGAAAGAAAAGGCACACCACUUCCUGAUUAUACUGAUCCUUUAAUGGGUAUAACAGUUCCCCCGGAAAUGCCGAGACCCAAGCCUGUUCCACUUCCACCGUACCAACCUCCGCCACCCGUCAUGAAGGAACCAACGCCUCCAGAAUCGGAAGACGAGGCUGAGGACACUGUGGCAGCCUUCAAUGUCAAAAUCAACCCGAAAGGACGCAUUGCAGAAAUAGAAGAACUCCCUGUCACUCCCCCACCAUCCCCUACCAACAGAGGACGAUCCCGGUCAAGAUCAAAGUCUAAAGACCGAAGACGUUCACAAUCUUCCAAACGAGAAACAACAGCUGCUCAAAACGGUUUUGUACCUGUCCAAAAUGGAGUUGAACACACCCAAAACGGGUUUGAUCACACCCAAAAUGGUUUUGAAGGUGUCCAAAACGGCAUACACGGACCAGGAGAGACGUUCACGUACACUAAAGAAGUGAUAACAAAGUACUCAACUGUAAUGUCUGCGUCGGACCCUAGCGAUGGAAAUGUUUCGGAAACUGUGAACGAAUCUUUUGUCAUUCACGGUGGGUCCACACACAAAAUGGAAGAUGUACUAAGUCCAGAAGAUAUUGAAAGAGAUAUUUUUGAAGAGAAAAUGGAAGAACAGAAACUUACAGAACUACUAACAGGGGAGGCAGAAGUUUUGGACCAAGGAGUGGUGGGUAUAAACUUUCAGAAGAUCAUCCCCAGAACUGACUUCAUCAAAGAUUCAAAUGUGUUUAAGGAACUUCAAGGAGAAGUCUUAAAGAAGGAGGAGUCAGAAGAGGAACAGCUGAAAAAAGAUCCAAAUAAGAGGUUUUCAACAUUCUUACAAACGCCUAAGAGGCCAAUACCAAAACCAAAACCACAGCCACCACCAAUAGAAGACUUACCUUGGAAACACCGCGUGCCUACGCCAAUACUAGAAUCUCCACCAGCUUCACAGAUUGUACAGGAAACAGUACAGGAAUCAACAACUACUGAAACAGUACAGGAAUCCACAGUACAGGAAUCCAUUACUACUGAAACAGUGACAGAAACAUCACAAAUCACAACACACACAGAGAGUGUCAUAAUAGUCGAGGGCGUCACCUUCAUGGAAGUACAGGACCAGGAGUCAUCGAUACAUAGACUCGAGAGCAGAGAAGAUGGACCAAUCGUCACUGAGGCAAUAUCUACCGAGAAUGUGUCUGAAGAGAAGGUACACUUCAAAGAUGAAGAUGAAGAAGGGGGAUGCUCCAUAGAAGAACUGAGGGAUAAAACUCCAGAACAGCAACGGAGCGAAACACAUUCACUUCACAGUGAGAAGCAAGAGGCUCCAGUGGAGUAUAAAAGUGAGUUUGAGAGGCAACUAGCCGAGAUUCAGAAGCAGAUAGAGGCAAUUCAACAGCUUCCGAGCGUCCUGCAGGCAAACUUAGCGGCUGUCAGGGAACAACUAGCCAAGAUUGUGGAGGCCAAAAUAGCUGCAGAUGAGAAAGAGAAAGUUGCUGAUAUGAGUUCUUCAAAACGAGACAGUAUUCGCUCAAAUCUUAGCUGGAAGAUUGAUGUGACAGUUGAAGAAAGUAAAUGUGAAGAGGAAAAUCUUGAGGAAAACUUAACAAACCCUGAAGAGCAGCUUACGGAUAAACUACCAGACGACCAACAGGAUCAAGUGAAUGAACAGGAUAAGUUUGAUGAAGAGUUUGAGAAGGAGUUUGGGGAAAUGGUAGAACACACAGAAAUUGAACAGUUUAAGAACAUGAAGAACAAACAAUAUCAGCAGGAAGAGGAGGACCCGUCUGUACGUAAGCCCCCAAUGAUCCGGAAUUUCCCCAAGAGUGCCGAAAGACCAAUUGUACUUCCAGGAGGAAGGAAGUGGUACAAACCACAAGACGCUUACAACGAGGACUUUAUCGCAGAAACGAUAAUACAUCAGUCUGAAGUACUGGUUGGAACAACUGUCGGACUCAACUUCCUGAAGUACGAGCCACCAAAGUUUGAUUCGGCCAACUCUGCCGUAUUCCGGAUGAUUCAGGAGAUCGAAGGGAAAGCUAACGGAGGCGACUGUCUUCCCAUCGAGGCGCGACCUGAGAAAGUCAUGGCCAAGGAUGAUUACUUCCCACCUAUCAGUAAGAGGCAUUUUUUUGCUGCUAGACUCACUGAACAAGGAAAUGAAAAUGUGGAGAAGAUUUUACAAGACACCAAUGAACAACCUAUAAUAUCAGUAUAAUUCUUAAAGAAUGCAUUUUCUGUUGCGUCUGCUAUCAUGCUACUGAAAUAAACUGUCAAUAAUGUUUAUUUGUUGUGUAUUUUAUUAUUGUGUAUACAAAUAUGUUGUCAAUAAAUAAAACUUGAGUUCA